CUCCUCACCCCUCUUCCUCUCCUACCUUCCUCCAUCUAUCUUCUCCCUUUCCCCUCCUCCUUCUUCUUCUUCUUCAGAUCCCUCUCUCAUGGCUUCUCUUCUACUGUUCUUUCCCUUUCUCUGAAACUUAACUGAGGAAGUUAGAGUAGAAUCAUCAGAAGAGCAACCAGUGGUGACUCUUAUAUAGACGUGUAUUUCUUCAGCUACGGGGUUUCCUCUUCUUCUUCUUCUUCUUCUUCUCCAUGUGUAUCUUCUUUAAGUUAUUCUCUUGUAGUUAAGAGCUGUUGCACCUGUAUAUCUUUCUAUCUCUGUUUGCUUGUUGAGAUUUCUAGCUAGUAAUUAGGGUUUAGUUGAGAGAAAUAUGCCUGUGGGGAUCAUGAUACCUGCAAGACAGCAAUCAGCAGCUUCCAUGAUGGGGAGGAACACAGGCACCAGUUUUGGCUCUUCCUCAGUCCUGUCCCUCAGCCAGCCGAACUUGCUGGAGGGAGGCCAGCAGAUCCCUCUGCAGUACCAGCACGGCAGCAACCACCAGCUGUUGGAGAUGGCGGCGGCGACCACCGCGGAUAGCGAGAUGGCCCGGGCGGCCCGUGAGGACGUCGACUUCGAGAGCAAAUCCGCCGGCAGCGAGAACAUAGAGGGCGCCUCCGGCGACGACCAGGACCAGAACCAGCGGCCGCGGAAGAAACGCUACCACCGCCACACUCAGCAUCAGAUCCAAGAAAUGGAGUCAUUUUUCAAGGAAUGCCCUCAUCCAGACGACAAACAGAGAAAGGAGCUGAGCAGAGAACUUGGACUGGAGCCUCUUCAAAUCAAAUUCUGGUUCCAAAACAAGCGCACCCAAAUGAAGAAUCAACACGAGCGACAUGAGAACAGCGAGCUGCGCGCCGAGAACGAGAAGUUGCGCGCCGAGAACAUGAGGUACAAGGAAGCCCUCAGCAACGCCGCCUGCCCGAACUGCGGCGGCCCCGCCGCCCUCGGCGAGAUGUCGCUCGACGAGCACCAUCUCCGCAUCGAAAACGCCCGCCUUCGCGAAGAAAUCGAUAGAAUAUCCGGAAUAGCGGCGAAAUAUGUAGGGAAGCCAAUGGCGGCGACGGGGGCGUCGUACCCGCUGCUGUCUCCGACGUCGUCGCGGUCGCCGUUGGAUUUGGGUUUCGGCGCCGGAGGCGGCGGCCGCAGUGAGGAAGUGUACGGAGGGGAUCUGCUUCGGGGCCUGGCGGGGCAAGGCGAGAUGGAGAAGCCGGUGGUGGUGGAGCUGGCCGUGGCGGCCAUGGAGGAGCUCAUCCGGAUGGCACAGCUCAACGAGCCUCUGUGGGUGCCUCAUGAAGAUACCCUCAACUCCGCCGGCGUCGGUGCUUCCGGGGAGACGCUGAACGAGGACGAGUACAUGCGAGCGUUCCCCAGAGGCUUCGGCCCGAAGCAGUUCGGGCUCAAGACGGAGGCCUCGAGGGAGACGGCGGUGGUCAUCAUGAACCAGAUGAACGUUGUGGAGAUGCUCAUGGAUGUGAAUCAAUGGUCGAAUGUGUUUCCGGGGAUCGUGUCGAGAGCCUUCACGCUGGAAGUGUUAUCCACUGGAGUUGCAGGCAAUUACAAUGGAGCUCUGCAAUUGAUGUCGGCGGAAUUCCAAGUUCCUUCUCCACUCGUUCCGACGAGGGAGUUCCUCUUCGUUAGGUACUGCAAGCAGCAUCCGGACGGGACUUGGGCCGUCGUGGACGUUUCCCUCGAUAGCCUCCGGCCAGGCCCUGUGUUGAGGUGCCGGAGAAGACCCUCCGGCUGCUUGAUCCAGGAAAUGCCCAACGGCUACUCAAAGGUCACGUGGGUGGAGCAUGUCGAGGUAGAUGACCGGUCGGUGCACAACAUCUACAAGCCGCUGGUCAACUCCGGCUUAGCUUUCGGCGCCAAGAGGUGGGUCUGCACUCUGGAUCGCCAAUGCGAGCGGCUUGCCAGCGUGAUGGCCAGCAACAUCCCCUCUGCCGAUAUCGGUGUGAUAACGAGCGCAGAGGGACGAAAGAGCAUGCUGAAGCUGGCGGAGAGGAUGGUGAUGAGUUUCUGCGGCGGGGUGAGCGCGUCGACGACGCAUCAGUGGACGACGCUGUCGGGAAGCGGGGCGGAGGACGUGCGCGUGAUGACGAGGAAGAGCGUGGACGAUCCCGGCCGGCCGCCGGGCAUCGUCCUCAACGCCGCUACCUCCUUCUGGCUCCCCGUCUCGCCCAAGCGCGUCUUCGACUUCCUUCGCGACGAAACCACUCGCAGCGAGUGGGAUAUACUCUCCAAUGGCGGAGUCGUUCAGGAAAUGGCUCACAUCGCCAAUGGCCAAGAUCAAGGCAACUGCGUCUCUCUUCUCCGUGUCAACAGCACGAACUCGAAUCAGAGCAACAUGCUGAUACUUCAAGAGAGCUGCACCGACGCGACGGGCUCCUACGUCAUCUACGCGCCCGUGGACGUCAUGGCCAUGAACGUGGUGUUGAACGGCGGCGACCCGGACUACGUGGCGCUCCUCCCCUCCGGCUUCGCCAUCCUCCCCGACGGGCCUUCGUCGGCAUCGCAAGCCGUGUCGGCCGGCGGCUCCCUUCUCACCGUCGCCUUCCAGAUCCUCGUCGACUCCGUCCCGACCGCGAAGCUCUCACUCGGCUCCGUGGCCACUGUCAACAGCCUCAUCGCCUGCACCGUCGAGCGCAUCAAGGCGUCCGUCGCAGGCGAAACCAUUCCCCAUUAACAACAUCAUCUGUGGCAUCAGAAGGGGUGGUAGUGGAGAUUGAGAUGGAACUUGUGGGAGUCAAGAACGCACCUCAUGCUUCCCUUGCCGUGUGGUACUGGUGGAAUUAAGCAUACAAAAAUACGACGUCCGUUCGUUCAUGCACCACUAUGCAAGGAGAGUUGGUUCGGGUAUUGACUUUCCAAUACAUAUCUUAAUUAUUCAUUACCUCCUCUUGAUUUUGCACUACUUCUACUUCUACUUCGACUUAUUAUCUUAAUGUUUUCAAUGUGUUUUGUAAUGUUAAUUUGCUUUGGAUUCGAAGUGUACUCUGGCACCAUGGAACAAUGGAACAGGCAUAUGUACUUGCUCCUACUCUCUUUCCGGCAUUUUAUUGUGUUAAUUUGAUUUCUCACUAACCAAAAUGUCAGCUACAUAUGUCUGUAACUGGUUUUAUAUAUUCCAUUCUGAAGAGUAUUUUAGCUUCAUGCAUGUUUUUACGAA